CUUUCCAAAACGGCGUAAGCACAUAGCAGUGACAGCACACUUAAAGCCUUUUCUGAUCGUCUUCCUCGAUCUCCCUCUAGGGUUUAUCUCUCUCUCUGCACAUUGCAAUCAUGGCGUCUCUAGGGAAGCUACAGCCAAUUCAACUCUCCCUCUCUCAAUUCUCCUCAUCACUCCCCCAAAACCGAUCAUCACUCUCCUUCAGAUCCUCACGCCGAUCAACUCCAUCCUUCAAAUGCGCUUCCUCAUCGAAACCCCAAGUCCUGCAAUCACUACCUUCCCGUCUCCUCAAAUCCACAUGCAUCACCUUCACCGCCGCAGCCGCCCUGCUCUUCGCGAAUCUCCACCUCAAACCUCCUCCUCCGGCGAUUGCUACUCCUCUCCCAACGACGUCGGCGAUGGAGUCUCUGAAACAGAGUAACGAUUCGUUAGAAGAAGAAGAGAGAUCGCUCGAAGAGCAUCUCGCCUCUCACCCUGAAGACGUGGCUGCUCUAAGGUCGUUAAUGGAGGUAAAAAUCAAAUCUCGUAAGCUUCUAGAAGCGAUAGAGAUCAUCAAUCGAUUGAUAGAGUUAGAACCAGAGGAGAAAGAAUGGCCAAUCUUGAAAGCUAACAUCUUUACUCACAGUGGAGACUUAGAAUCAGCCAAAAGCGUCUUCGAAGAGAUUCUAGCCAAGGAUCCUCUCCGCGUCGAGGCCUAUCACGGCUUAGCUAUGGCGUAUUCAGAGUCCGGUGAUGAUUUGAAUGUAAUUGAGAAGAGGAUUCAUGAGUCAAUGGAGAGGUGCAAGAAGGAGAAGAAUGUUAAGGACCUUAGGGAUUUUAAGCUGCUUGUGGCGCAGAUAAGGGUUAUCGAGGGGAAGCAUGAAGAAGCGUUGAAGCUGUAUCAGGAGCUUGUGAAGGAAGAGCCGAGAGAUUUCAGGCCGUAUCUUUGUCAGGGGAUUAUUUACACGCUUCUUAAGAAGGGAGAUGAGGCGGAGAAGCAGUUUGAGAAGUUUAGGAAACUUGUGCCGAGGAAUCAUCCGUAUAGAGAGUAUUUUAUGGAUAAUAUGGUUGCUACCAAGCUCUUUGCGGAGAAGGCACAGAGAGAGACGGCUGGAUCAAAGAGUUGAACGGGCAAUGAAUGUGUUUUUGUGUUUGCAGGCUUUUGUUGAUGAUUUAGAUGGUUGUUAGUAUGGUAGUUGAGAGCAUGAAUUGAUAUCAUCAUCGUGUGUUGGUACUUGGUAGCAUGGGUUGAAUACUCAAACUCCAUGGGAGUUUAAAUCUUUUGCAGUGUCUGUUGAGAUGUGUAUAAUCAAAUGUUGCAGAGGAGUUUAAAUGAUUUGGUACA